AUGUCACUACCUUCUUCUUUGACAUGUGAUUGGACUCAUGAUGUUUUUCUCAGUUUUAGAGGCAUUGAUACUCGAAACAACUUCACUAGUAAUCUCUACAAUUCUCUGCAUCAAAGGGGUAUAAACACUUUCUUUGAUGAUGAUAAAAUUCAUAAAGGAGAUGAAAUCACACCUGCUCUUCUCCAAGCCAUUAAACAAUCUAGAAUCUUCAUUUCUAUUUUCUCUAACAACUAUGCAUCUUCAACUUUUUGUUUGACUGAGCUUGUCAACAUUCUUGAGUGCUCCAACACACAAGGACGGCUGUUUUUGCCGGUUUUUUAUGACGUCGAUCCUUCUCAAGUUCGACACAUAACUGGCACUUAUGCCGAGGCUUUUGCGAAACAUGAGGCGAGGUUUAGAGAUGAAAAGGAAAAGGUGCAGAAAUGGAGGGAUGCUUUGCAUCAAGCUUCUAAUAUGUCUGGAUGGCAUUUCAAACCAGGGUCUGAACUAGAGUAUAAAUUUAUUGGAAACAUAGUUGAAGAGGUCUCUAGAAAGAUCAACCGGAUUCCUUUGCAUAUUGCAAGCAAGCCAGUUGGGUUGGAGUCUCAAAUGUUAGAAGUUACAUCUUUCCUUGAACUUGAAUCUAAUGAGAGAGUCAGCAUGGUAGGUAUUUGUGGAAUCGGCGGAAUAGGCAAAUCAACAAUUGCUCGCGCUGUGCAUAACUUGAUUGCUGAUCAAUUCGAAGGUGUGUGUUAUCUUGCUGACAUAAGAGACAGGGCAACUAAUCAUGAUCUUGCACAGCUCCAAGAAACACUACUUUCUGAAAUACUCGGGGAGAAGGAUAUUAAAGUGGGAGAUGUAUACAAAGGAAUUUCAAUAAUUAAAAGGAGGCUCCAAAGAAAGAAAGUCCUUUUGAUUCUUGAUAAUAUUGACAGAGAGAAGCAGUUACAUGUACUCGUAGGAGGACAUGAUUGGUUUGGCUUCGGCAGCAAGAUCAUAAUCACUACAAGAGACAAGCAUUUGCUGGCCACUCAUGGGAUUGUGAAAGUCUAUGAGGUCAAACAACUAAACAAAGAAAACGCUUUUGAAUUAUUUAGUUGGCAUGCAUUUAAAAAUAAAAAAAUGGAUCCAAGUUAUGUGGAUAUCGCAAAACACGCAGUAUCUUAUUGUCAUUGUCUUCCCUUGGCUUUGGAGGUUAUAGGUUCUCAGCUGUUUGGAAAAAGUUUAGAUGUAUGGAAAUCUUCAUUAGAUAAAUAUGACAAAGUCAUUUGUAAAGAUAUUCAUGAAAUUCUUAAAGUUAGCUAUGAUGAUUUGGAAGAAUAUGAGAAAGGUGUUUUCCUAGACAUAGCUUGUUUCUUCAAUUCUUAUGAAAUAGUCUAUGUCAAAGAAAUACUAUACUUACAUGGUUUUCAUGCGGAUGGUAGCAUACAAGUGCUAAUUGACAAAUCUUUGAUUAAAAUUGAUGUCAAUGGCUAUGUGAGAAUGCACGACUUGAUUCAAGAUAUGGGCAGAAAAAUUGUGAGGCAGGAACCAACAUUAGAGCCUGGAAAACGCAGUAGAUUAUGGUUCAGUGAUGACAUUGUUCAUGUUUUGGAAGAAAACAAGGAAACUGAUUCAAUAGAAGUCAUAAUCGGCGACUUGCAUAAAUACAAAAAAGUGAAAUGGUGUGGAAAAGCCUUCGGCCAAAUGAAGAACUUGAAAAUUCUUAUACUUAGAAAUGGACGAUUUUCCCAAUGUCCUCAAAUUCUUCCAAAUAGUUUGACAGUGCUUGAUUGGAGUGGAUACCAAUCAUCCUCUUUACCAUCCGAUUUUAAUCCCAAGAAUCUUGUAAUACUCAACCUGCCUGAAAGUUGCUUCAAACAUUUUGAUUCAUUCAAGGUGUUUAGGAUGUUGAACUUUCUAGAUUUUGAAGACUGCAAAUUUCUAACAGAAAUACCUAACUUAUCUAGAGUACCAAAUUUGGGAGCACUGUGUCUUGAUUUCUGCACUAAUUUAAAUAGAAUCCAUGAAUCAGUUGGGUUUCUUGACAGGCUUGUGUUAUUAAGUGCUCAAGGAUGCAACCAACUAGAAGAUUUGGUUCCCAAUAUCAACUUGCCAUCUCUGGAGACUUUAGAUUUAAGGGGUUGCUCGCGUCUCGAGAGCUUCCCUGAAGUAGUUGGAGUAAUGGAGAAUAUAAAAGAUGUUUAUUUAGACCAGACUGCCUUAAAACAAUUGCCUUUAACAUUUGGAAAUCUUGUCGGACUCCAACGUUUGUUCUUGAGGGGAUGCCAAAGGAUGAUCCAGCUACCAAGCUACAUAUUUCCCAAAUGUGAGAUAAUUACAGCUUAUGGUUCUAGAGGAUUUCAAUCCUCCAGAGAUGAAGAAAACGUGCUCCCAAAAGUGUUUAUAAAUGUCAUGCGUGUUAUUAAUGAAUAUGGACAAUCCUACCUUAAUAUGUAUUCUCCUCAUACAGCCUGCAACAAUGUCAUUGAAGUAUGUAGUCCUCAUUGUGAAUCAGAAUUCACUGAAUUUAAGAAUUUACCGGGAAGCAUAAAGUUGGGUGAGCUUAAAAACAACAAAUCAUCACUGUGUUUUUUGUUCCGAAAUAAAUUCCCCAGGAUAGCUCUAAGGUGUUUUGUAGAAUCUGAAAAGCAUUUGGACAACAUGGUGUUGAAUUUCGAGUUGAAUAUACUCAUCAAUGGCACUAAGCAACUCACUUCCUUGUGUGAAUACAUAUUUUAUACAAAACAUGUAACAGAACAAGCUCUUUGUUGUAAUGUACAAGGCAAAUUAGGGGGUGUAUUUUCAGAGAAUGAGUGGAAUCAGGUAGAGAUUUUAUGUGAGAUGAAACAUCUCAUGCCAUUUGGUUUUGAAGGUCAGGAUUGGACCAAUAAAAGGAUUCUCAAAUGGGCUGUCUUAUUGUUUGCGUUAGAAGGCAAAGAUGAUGAUUUGAGUUUAGUUGACAAUCCUACAUCUCAAGGUAUGCAACAAAUAAUAGGAAUUGUUAUCGGCGACCCUUCUGGUAAGUUCAGGGAUAUGUAA